AGGAACAGCGUAGGGAUGCAGAUGGACGUAGAGCCGCAGGUAGUGUUAAAUUCGGGGCGGAGGAUGCCGGUGCUCGGCAUGGGGACGGCCACCUACCCGGUGCCGCCCGACGAAACCAUAACGACGGCGGUGAUCGACGCCAUCGGGCUCGGGUACCGCCACUUGGACACGGCCAGCGUCUACGGCUCGGAGCGGGCCGUCGGCCGGGCCAUAGCGACCGCUCUGGAGAGAGGGCUGAUCGGCAGCCGCGACGAGCUCUUCGUCACCACCAAGCUGUGGUGCACCGACAUGCACGCCGACCGCGUCGUCCCUGCACUGCAAGAGUCUCUCAGGACUUUGGGAUUGGAGUACAUCGAUCUGUAUCUUAUUCACCACCCUGUUAGACUAAAAGGUGAGAAACGAAUGGUUUUCACCGGCGAGGACGUAAUUCCCUUGGACAUGCCAACCGUGUGGGAAGCAAUGGAGAAAUGUCAGAGUCUAGGUUUAGCUAAAUCUAUCGGGGUGAGCAACUUCACAUGCAAGAAGCUAGCUGACCUACUCAACCAUGCAAGAAUUCCACCUGCUGUGAACCAGGUGGAGGUGAAUCCUCUUUGGCAGCAAAGAAAACUACGAGGCUUCUGCUCGGAGAAGGGAAUUCAUGUGAGUGCAUACUCUCCGCUUGGUGCAGUUGGAGUCCUAUGGGGCUCCAAUGAAGUGAUGGAAUGUGAAGAGGUCAAAAGAAUUGCUCAGUCUAUGGGGAAAAGCAUAGCCCAGGUAUGCUUAAGAUGGGGUGUCGAACAAGGUGUGAGCGUUGUAGUGAAAAGCUUUAACGGGGAGAGGCUCAAGGAGAACAUGCAGAUAUUUGACUGGCAUCUGAAAGAGGAGGACAAGGAAAGGUUGAGCUUAGUACCACAGAAAAGGCUUAUUCUGGCUGAGCCAUUUAUAUCACCCACUGGUCUCUACAAGUCUCUUGCUGAAUUUUGGGAUGGUGAUGUGUAGAUAACACAGCACAGAACCAUGAAACAUAGCGAAUCAUGCAUGCCAUUCCCAGAGAUGUCAUAUAAGUCUCUGUUUUAAUACGGAAUUCGAAGACUGGUUUGCCUUUACAAUAGGCAUAUAUGGUUUCUGUUGUUGCAUUGCAUGCCAAAUUUCUUAUGGUUCGAACGAUAUAUGCACAGUUCCAGUUUCCUUGCUA